CUGCAAGCUCGUUCUGCCGCACGACUGGCUCGUCGACAGCUCCUACCUAAUUUUCAUAAAAAAAGGAAAUUCUUACACCAUGUCUAAGAGAGCCGCCGACGUUUCCGACGAGCAAUCUGCCGCUCUCAAGGCCGGAGACCGCCCGAUGGCCGACGCCCCUCCAGAUGAGGUGGGGGAGUUCGAAGACGAGUUCGAGGACGAAUUCGAGAGCGAAGAUGAAAUCCUUGAGGCGGGUGUGGAUGGACGUCCCGAUGCUGAGCGGGAAGAGGAAGAAAAGGAGGCGAUGGAGGUGGACAAACAGACUUUUAUUCCUGGAAGAACGAAACUCGCCCCCGGAGAGGUUCUCUCGCCAGAUCCUUCUACGUAUGAUAUGCUGCACACCCUCAGUACCCCGUGGCCCUGCCUCUCUUUCGACAUUGUCCGCGACAACCUGGGCGAUAACCGCAAAACCUAUCCCGCGACCGUCUACGCCGUCACUGGUACACAAGCAGAGGGACGUCGUGCUAAGGAAAAUGAGCUUAUGGUCCUGAAGAUGAGCGGCUUGAGCAAGAUGGAAAAGGAAAAUGAUACAGACUCGGAAAGCGACUCGGACUCAGAUGACGACAUGGGAGAACCAAUUCUCGAGCACAGGAGCAUCCCUCUGGGAUCGACAACCAACCGGAUCCGUUCCCAUCAAACCCCCUCGUCAUCCGGGGAUUAUUCCAAGCCUCCCCAGACACUUACCGCUACCAUGCUGGAGAACUCACAGGUGGUCAUCCACGACGUUACGCCCCACCUUACCAGUUUCGACGUUCCCGGUACCGUCCUCCCUCCUUCCGCUUCGAAGCCUCUUUCGACCCUUCGCAUGCACAAGUCGGAAGGCUAUGCCUUGGAUUGGUCUCCCCUCCAACCUCUCGGAAAAUUGUUGACCGGUGACAACGAUGGUUUGAUCUACGUUACGACGCGCACUGAAGGAGGCGGUUGGGUUACCGAUACACGGCCCUUCCUGGGGCACACCUCAUCGGUAGAGGAAUUGCAAUGGUCCCCUAAUGAGCGGAAUGUCUUUGCAUCCGCCAGCAGUGAUGGUAGUGUGAAGGUUUGGGAUGUCCGAUCCAAGUCCCGUAAGCCCGCUGUGGAUGUCAAGGUUUCGAACACAGACGUCAAUGUCAUGACAUGGUCGAACCAGACCUUCCACCUUCUCGCUACAGGAGCUGACGAUGGCCAGUGGGCCGUCUGGGAUCUGAGGCACUGGAAGCCGAAUGCCUCGGCGCCGUCCUCCCAGAUCACGGCUUCGCCGGUUGCUGCUUUUGACUUCCAUAAGGAACCUGUCACCAGUAUUGAAUGGCAUCCUACGGAUGACAGUGUGGUGGCUGUUGGUUCGGCCGAUAACACUGUGACUCUGUGGGAUCUGGCUGUUGAACUCGAUGAUGAAGAGAGCCGGGAAGCUGGCAUGACUGACAUUCCGCCCCAAUUGCUGUUCGUGCAUUACAUGGAAUCGGUCAAGGAGGUGCACUGGCAGGCCCAGAUGCCGGGUACCAUCAUGGCCACCGGCGGUGCUGGAUUUGGUGUGUUCAAGACUAUCAGUGUUUAGAACAAGAAGAAAAAAAGCCUGAUUCCGCAAUAUACAUACUACGACCUCCCCAUACGUUUAUACCAUUUGUUUGAUGGAAGUUGAUUUAAAGUUCUCUGGAAAUAGAAGUUGAUGAAUAUGAUGACACUGUGCUAUUAUGCCACACCAAAGGACACAAUUCCUGGGCAAUCUAAACGACUAGUAUGGCCGGUGAUUGGACACAACGACCAGUGAUCAGCGUGUCGGCAUUUGACAGUCAAAUGCCGUCGGUGUACGCCAGCAGGUGACCGGGCCGAAUCUGGAGUAGACCACCCUAACGUGACCAAUACUCAAUACUUAUAAAAAAAGAACGGUUGCAAAAAUUGGCCACAUAUCCUUGCCCCCUUAUCAUUAAGGAUAAAAAUG